CUUCCGGUGGGUCACGAGUGUGUAGUUUCGAUUUGCUUUGUCAACCAAGAGUCAUUGUUGUACGAAGACAUACUAGAUUCUAUAUCCAAAAAAAAGGAUGUUGGAAAAUAGUAUAUUAUCAUCGGUUUUAUGUGUUAUUCUUUUAUGUUUCGUGACUAUUGUCGAAGCAAAACAGCCACACAUUUUAUUUGUUCUUGCCGACGAUUACGGAUAUAACGACAUUGGUUAUCAUGGAUCAGAAAUCAAGACACCGACCCUGGACAAGCUGUCUGGAGAGGGUGUUAGACUGGAGAAUUAUUAUGUACAGCCCAUAUGUACACCUACCAGGAGUCAACUUAUGUCUGGAAGAUACCAGAUCCACACCGGACUGCAGCAUGGUAUAAUCUGGGCACCCCAACCGAAUGCCUUACCAAGAGACAGCCCCACCCUACCAGACAAGAUGAGAGAGGCUGGAUACUCCACACAUGCUGUAGGGAAAUGGCACCUGGGCUUCUACAAGGAGGAGUAUCUCCCCAACAACAGGGGAUUUGACACAUUCUAUGGCUAUUUGACUGGAAGUGAAGACUACUAUACUAAGUCAAGAUGUUCUGGACAUGAUUUUUGUGGGAGAGAUUUACGAGACAACUUUAAAGCUGUUGUGCCCAAUCCAGAUGAAUACUCAACAGAGAUGUACAGUAAGCGUGUUAUAGACAUUGUCAACAACUACAACUCAUCCAAGCCUAUGUUUCUGUACCUAGCAUUACAAGCUGUCCACUCACCAUUACAAGUUCCAUCAAGGUACACCGACAAGUAUGCUCACAUCAAAAACCACAACAGAAGAACAUACGCAGGUAUGGUAGCGGCCAUGGACGAGGCUGUGGGUAACAUCACAGCAGCAUUCCAGGCCAAAGGAAUGUGGGAUGAUACCAUUAUGGUUUUCUCAACAGACAAUGGGGGACAGAUAUUAUCUGGGGGCAAUAACUGGCCCCUUAGAGGAUGGAAGGCGUCUCUAUGGGAGGGAGGGAUGCGCGGAGUCGGAUUUGUACACGGGAAAGCCCUACAGGAAAAGAGACGUGUGUCCCCUGAACUUCUACAUGUAACAGACUGGUAUCCAACAUUGGUAGGACUAGCAGGGGGCUCCCUCAAUGGCACUAAACCCCUCGAUGGAUUCAAUCAAUGGAAAACAAUCAGUGAGGGAGCUAAGAGUCCCAGAGAAACUCUGCUACACAACAUAGACCCACUAACCAAGCCUGUGGGAGACAAACUGAAGGGGAGUCCGUUUGAUAAUCGCUACAGGGCUGCUAUCAGAUGGAGAGACUGGAAGUUAAUUACAGGUCACCCAGGCAAUGGAACCUGGGUCCCAGUGCCCACUACUGACGAGGAUAUCCAGAUGGACGAUGAUACUAGUCAAUCCAAAAAGAACCUGUGGCUCUUCAAUAUCGCCAAGGAUCCAGUGGAAAGAGUAGACCUAUCAUCAGACUACCCUGACAUGGUGAUGAAGAUGCUGACAAAGCUACAGCAGCAGAACGAAACAGCUGUACCCUGUGUCUAUCCUCCCUUUGAUCCUAAUGCCAACCCUGAACACCUUGGGGGCUGGUGGGGGCCAUGGGAAAAGUAGGCUGUAUUUAGCUUGUUUUGGCGAGACAUACACAAUAUACUGUAUAGCUGAAAAAUAGUAUUUUUUUUUUGUUAUUUUCAUAUUCCUUUAGUUGGUGAUAAUUUGUAAGAAUUCUAUUGAGGUUGAUAUUUAUGCGGAAAUUUAUUGUGGUAAUUAAAAGGUGUGGUAUAUAAUAUAUGUAUAUUUUUUUGUAUUAUUUUUUAUGAACUGGUAUUAUUUAUCAUCAUGACACAUGAAUUAACACUAUACAUUCCAAAGUCUUCCUAUGAAUAAUUUUACUGUUUGUUACCAUUAUGAAAAAAAACCAUUGUUUUGGAUUAGUGCCUUACGGGUUUAUAUGUAAAUUUGGUAUUACAUGUACGUGAUUGGAAUUUUGUCUUGUCUCCUCUUUGUGAUGUAACAUGAAGCAACAGGUUACAGAAAUCAUAAGUAUACAAAGCAUAUUUUCUAUUGUUAUUUUACAUGACAUUGUGUAUCUACCUUUAUUGACCACUUAUGCCAAUGUUUUUGACACAUUUUCGAAUUAAUGAUGGCUUAAUUUUGUUCAGAUAAUCUGUGACCAUUUAAAUCUGUACUAUUAUUAUUGUAGUCUGGUUAAAGUAAGCCUUCGAACAGCAUGUAACUAUUACAGUCAGGUCCAGUAACCUUACUCUGUCAAACCUGGCUCAUAUCUAUUUCUCCACAUGAUUAUCUGAUCAUAGACGUACAUACAGAGUUUUUGUUUUGAAAGGAUUAAUACUCUUUUUGUAUCAUAUAUUAGACUAGAAUAUAAUAUUGUAUGCUGAACAUUUCAUCUACUAGUAUUUACUGUGUUCAUUUGCAAAUAUAUACAAAUGGCUUUGAUUAUAUUAGUUUUAAUAUAUUUGUCUUGUUAAUUGUUUUGUGUAUACUUCAACAGAAUGUUAGUUUACUAGGAAUCUCCUCAUAUAACUAGGAAUCUCCUCAUAUAAUAUAUAUUGUUUUCUAUUGAGCUGUUGCUAGGCCUAUAUUGUUACUUUUACUAGCAUUUAUUGUAUUUAUCACGCGGGUGCUCUUCCCUCCUCCUCCUACAAGUAUUCUCAUUUCUUAAGGAAGAUGGACAUUAGUAAAUUGAAAAUUAAGGAAAGGCACAUUUUUUACUUAAAAUAAAAUGCUCAUCUGCCAAUUGUAUAAUAAUUACAUGUUAGAAUUAUGAUGCAGUAAUAAGUCUGUUAAUAAGUAAGUUGAUUUAUUUAGGGAGAAUGAGAAAAUAGUGUACCUACAGAAUGUCUCCAUCACAAAUCAUUUAUCAUGAAAUGUUCAGAUGUGCUACAAAAUGUAAUACAACUGUAAAAAAGGCAUUAAGAAAAUUGUCCAGCUUUGUGUAGCAUUCUAAAUAUGCAAUAUGUCCUAUCAGGCUCAUAAGAGCUCAGCUCUGCUGGAAUUUUGAAAAUUGAAUACUUUCUGGAAACAAUUAAUGAAAAAAUGUGUAUAUUUGACAUAAAAUAAUCUGAUGAUAUGGACAUACUACUUUAUAUUUUUGAAGUUUAGUUAUACCUGUGAUAGAAGUGCAAUUUUUAGAAAUAUAUAGUGCUGUUCUGUAUUUAUCAAGUAUUUGUAACGAUCUGUCGAUAGUUGUUUGACCAUUGGAGAUAAAAUGUGGUUCCUUCAAUCUGGGAAUCACAUGGUGAACAUACUGAUGAAAUAUUUGUCAUUUAUAAUUACUGAUUACUGGCGGGGUACAUGCUCUAGUAUGAUAUAGGUCUGAAAUACCUGUAUAUUCCAGAAACAAAUUUCUCAAAUAUUUAACGUGGUGAUCCCAUUUUAAUGGAAAUGUUCAUCCAAUCUCACAUGUUGUAGGCAAAGAGGGCUAAAAUGAUGCCUCAAAAUAAAUUACAUGGUGACGUGACAUUAUUAUAAUAAUUAUUGUAGUAAUUAUCCUAGGUUUAUUCUGAUUGCAAACCAUUUUUUGUAAGCAUGUGAGCUAGCUAAUAAUCUAACAUAGGCCUGUUCAGUGGACAGGGAUAGCUCAACCCCAGUGCAUGAGCUUUGUCGGUCAGCAUGAGGCCCUCAUAUGCCUAUGCUGGCCAGCAAAUCUCUCGCAGAACAGGCCCAUGAGAGAUUCUGUUUGGUGACAAUAUUAUCUCUGAUUGGUGAGUGGAUUGUGAGGUAUGCCUGUAUGUCAUGGAUAUAUUGUAACAAAUGUUGGAAGAACUUGUGUUUGCAAUCUUUCAUUUCACCAGUAAUGUUACAAUAAAGUCUCCUAAUCUUGGAGUUUAGAUAUUAUUUUAUAGGUACUGACGCUACAGCCAGUCGAUGGCAGUUGCUAUGGAAACCAAGUGCUACUCAUUUUAAAGGUUUCAUUGUUAUGUAUACAUUCCUCUAUUUUUACAUUGUUUAGAUCACUGUUCCUUGAUCUGUCAAUAAAAUACGCUUAUUAUCAA